ACGAUGCCGCGGGGCCGCCCCCCGAAGCCCCGGGACGGCGCGGCGCGCGGCGACUCCGAUGGGAUUCUACCACUGAACGCGGAGAACAUCGACGAUGACUGCCCAACUCCAAACUUCCACAAAUGUGAGAUCUGUCUGCUGUCCUUCCCGAGAGAGGCUCAGUUCCAGCGCCACAUGAGRGAUCAUGAGCGGAACGACAAGCCACAUCGAUGUGACCAGUGUCCGCAGACGUUCAACGUCGAGUUCAACCUGACUCUCCAUAAGUGCACCCACAAUGGGGACGACCCCACCUGCCCCGUGUGCAACAAGAAGUUCUCCCGGGUGGCCAGCCUCAAGGCACAUCUCAUGCUGCACGAAAAGGAAGAGAACCUCAUCUGCUCGGAGUGUGGGGAUGAGUUCACGCUGCAGAGCCAGCUGGCCAUCCACCUGGAAGAGCACCGGCGGGAGCUGGCGAACACCCGUAGCCACACCUGCAAGUCCUGCAAGGAGGAGUUCGAGACCUCAGCAGAGCUGAAGGACCAUGUGAAGACUCACUAUAAAGUUAGGGUGUCUGGAACCAGGUCUUAUAACCGGAAUGUUGACAGGAGUGGAUUCACAUAUUCAUGUCCACACUGCGGAAAGACAUUUCAAAAGCCAAGUCAGCUAACGCGACAUAUAAGGAUACACACAGGUAUGAGAAACACUUGUUUUGGGAUGAU